AUGUCCACUCCAUCGCGAUCCGGGAACGAUGCGUCUCCGCAACCUACCGCCGACCCGAACCCGCCUACCUACGCUGCCUUUUCUCCAUCCACCCUAGCCCAAGCUACACCGCAGACGAAGCUACGCUCUGCAAUAUUAGUUCACCAGAAGAGCCCUCUGCUCGCCGCGACACCGCCGCAGGUCACGCGCGUUUUGGCAUACUCGCAUCCGUUCAUACUACCGCUGAACAAGUUUGUCGGUUUGUUGACAUGGACGACUGGGGAUCCGUGGGAAAGCUUUGUUCUAGUGGCUGGGUUUUGGGCUUUGGUGCUAUACGGUGAUGCCGUCACAAGAUAUGCAGGACCUAUAGUACUGGUAGUUGGUUUAAUAGCGGGGAUGUACUCGCGGAGAUACUCCCCGCUUUCGUCCACUUCGUUCACGGGCGAGAAGGGUCAGAAGGGACACAGCAGGGCCGAGUCAGAAAGCAACAUCAAACAUCAUAAGAGCUUGGAAGAGAUCGUGGACAGUCUCAAGCUAUUCACAUCACGGUGUAGCAUCCUGCUAGAUCCGUUUCUGCGGUUGACGGACUUUCUCUCCACUCAAAGGACCGCGACUUCAGCAACGACAAGACCUGCGCUUACCUUGCUUUUUGUUCGGAUACUGUUUGUCCUGCCCAUGUGGAUUAUUCUGACUCUGCCACCAUUCUACAUAAUCACGACAAAGCGAGUCGUGUUGGCCGUUGGAACCGUAGUGCUUAGCUGGCACUCCCGACCUGCUCGCGUUUCGCGGGCAAUUCUUUGGCGGUCACGGACGAUACGCAAAACAUGUGUCUUCCUUACGGGAUUGAAUUUCGGAGACAUAGAGCCUGUAGCCAAAGACAAGAACGGUGCGCCAGCGCUGCCGCCACGGAGAAAGAGCGCCCAAGAAGUUGCGGCCUCUCUUGCCGCAAAACGACGACCAGAUUCGCCAGGAGUGCGAUUCACUUUCAGCAUCUACGAGAACCAGAGAAGAUGGCUCGGCAUAGGGUGGACAUCCUCUAUGUUAGCUUAUGAACGAGCGGCAUGGACCGACGAACACCUCAACCCUGUGCCGCCGAAAGACCAAUUUGAGCUUCCUGAUGUUGAAGGAGGACAGGCGAGGUGGAGAUGGCUACAAAGCAGCGAUUGGAAGGUCGAAGGUGCGGAGAAGGAUGCGACAGGUCUCAAAAGCCCCUCUCUCGAUGAAGCCGGGUGGAUAUAUUACGACAAUAAGUGGCGAGACGGUCGCAGAGGACAGGACGGAUGGGGCCGCUACACCCGCCGGCGAAAAUGGUACCGUGAUGCUGAACUCGUCGAGGUAACUCCGUCGACCGACAUAACGCCCAUUCCCACUCCUCGCCUCGACCCCAUCGCCGACGCUGCAGAGCCCUCCACACCCACACCCUCAUCGAAACGAGCUACCCACUCACGCUCUACCUCUACCGCGUCCAACAUGCUAACCAAAGUCAACUCCAACCCCAGCACUAUCGCGAGUCUAGCCGCCAGCGCAAUGGCCAGCACCGACACCACCCUCGCAGAAAGCAUCAACCCUGACCAUUAUACGUCGGAUGCUGAUGCUGCCAGCAACAAGGCCAAGCGUGGGUGGUUCAAAAGGAAGGGAAGGAGUCGCAGCAGGGGUGGUAGUGACACCACUGCGGUGACGAUUGCGACGAGCACAAGUAGUAAUUUGAGUCGAAGGAGCGACGAAGAUGAUGUGCAUACGCCGCUGGAGAGGACGGCGAGGGAUGACGAGUGGAGGCUGGGCGAUGAUAUGCGUAUGCAGUUGGAUAUUUGA